AUGGCAGGCAAAAGAAAACGUCCGUACUCGAAUCUCGACUUUACGUUGAGGAAGGUGUUUAAGAAAGCAAGUUUCCGACCGUUACAACGCGAGGUCGUCACGGCUACGUUGGAGGGCGAAGAUGUCUUCCUUCAGGCAGCGACCUCUUUCGGAAAGAGCUUAUGCUACCAGCUGCCAGCGGUAGUCGACUUCGGCAUCACUAUCGUGAUAUCUCCACUGUUAGCACUGAUGAACAACCAAGUCACCUCCAUGCGCAACGCCAACGUUCGUGUUGAAACAAUCAACAGCACAACACUACCCACAGACAAGAAGAGAAUCAUAUCUGAUCUUCAAUGUGGCCAUCCCAUGACCCGCCUGCUCUACGUAACACCUGAAUUCUGUCAAGGCGACAACUUUCGCAAGAUCUUACGAGUCAUCCACUCCCAAGGAGAACUGGCUCGCAUCGCUGUCGACGAGGCCCAUUGUGUCAGCGAAUGGGGACACGACUUUCGCCCUUCAUUCCAGCAGUUGUCAUUCUUCAAGACCGAAUUUCCUGACGUACCAGUGAUAUGUCUGACGGCCACGGCAACAGCACGUGUACGAGACGACAUUAUCACCACGCUUGCCUUGAACCCAAAGAAGUUGAAGAUGUUCCGCAUGAGCACCAGCAGACCAAACCUCCACUACGAAGUCCGCUUCAAAUCCGAUGAACAGGACCAAUAUGACGACUUUAUCAAAUUCCUCAAAUCCAUUCACGCACGCCGUGCCGGGAACACUGAGCGCGCAUCUCAACUAGCAUCACAGAACCAGCGUUCAGACAACGUCCCAGGAAUCAUCUACACUCUAUUCCGCAAAGACUGCGAGUCCCUCGCCGCCCGUCUUCGCUCGGAUGGCAUAGGCGCGAAACCCUACCACGCCGGCCUCUCCGUCGCAGAGCGUGCAGAUGCAUUAUCAGGCUGGGUUGCUAACAAAGCCGGUUACGACGUCGUCGUUGCUACAACAGCGUUCGGCAUGGGCAUUGACAAAGAGAAUGUGCGGUUUGUAGUCCACUGGCAAAUCCCCAAGUCGUUCGAAGGGUUCUAUCAAGAAGCCGGUCGUGCAGGUCGGGACGGCAAAGCAUCGAUUUGCAUCUUGUAUUACGGUCGCGAAGAUCGUGAUCGCGCUGCGCAUUCGCUGUCGAGGGAUAUUGCGAGGCAACCUAAACAGGGAGCGGGAUUGCAGGUUCAGCAGCAGCAAAUGAUGCAUCGUGCGAAGAGCUUGCAAGCGUUGGUUGGGUACUGUGAGGCGACGGAUAAGUGUCGGCAUAAACUUAUUGCUGGAUACUUUGCAGAUGACGAAACACCCGAGUGUGAUUUUGCGUGUGAUUGGUGCAAGGAUGCGGAGGCGUUGGUGAGGAGGAAGGAGGGAGGGUUGGCAAGUGAGGAGUGGUGUAGUACACAGAGGGAGCAGGGGAGAUAUGACAUCGACGAGUAUGAUUGA